AUGUCAUCGGGCAGCGGGACGCCUCUGCCGUCGGGGCAGCCGUCUCCGGCGACGACGACAGCAGCGGCAGGGCCUGGGGCGUCGCCGCGGGGGGGUGGCGUGCCACGGCAGUCGCCGCACAUCCCCCUGAUCCUGCCACACGAGCGGGUCUUCCCCAUCCAGAUCGGGUCGGAGCUGUUCAAGCUGUCGGGGGCGUCGCUCUCGUCGGACGCGCCGUCGUACUUUUCGCAGUGCUUCCAGUGCCAGAUGAAGGCGGCCGAGGCGGCGGGCGAGGACCCCGCAGCAGCAGUGCGCACGCUCUACAUUGACCGCGAUCCGGUGACAUUCCGGGACAUCUCGCUGCACCUGCAGGGCUACCACGUGGCGCCGCGGGACGGCACGCACUUUGUGCGGCUUUUUGCGGACGCGCAGUUCUACUCGCUGCCGCGGCUGAUCUCGCAGCUGUACGAGGAGUCCAUCUUUAUCUCGAUCGGCCACCGCGAGUUCCAGAUUCCGCGCGAUCUCUUCCAGGACCCCGGCAACGCGCCCAACUUCUUCACUCUCGGCUUUGCCAUCUUCUUCAGCAGCCCACACGACCUCUUUCCGGGCCUCGACCGCCGCGGCCUCAUCCGGCCGCCGUCCAUCCUGCCGCCGGCCGUGCCCAACCGCUCGGCCGACACCUUUGCCGAGCUGCUCCGCCUCCUGCGCGGAUACCCCGUCGAGAUCCGCAGCGAGGAACACCGCAGCGCCCUGCUGCGCGACUGCCGCUACUUCAACUUCAAGGGCCUCGAGCAGCGCCUCAUCGCCCACGCCCGCACCUACAACCAGGCCCGCCAGCGCCUCGAGAUCGUCCUCCGCCUCCACGACAUUCUCAAGUCGGGCAUCUCGGUCGUGGCCGAUCCCCCUUUCGCGUCCACGCCCAUGUCCACGACCGUCUCACCACCGGCUGCCGCGGCCAUCACCACGCCCGCCUGGGUCUGCUAUGCCCGCCCCUUUGUCGACGACGGCCCGGCCGAGCUCGUGCUCGAGAUCGGCGCCGAGGACACCAAGCUGCACUUUCUUCCCGCCGGCCUUCGCGCCGAGUUGUUUCGCGACGCCAGGACCCGCAUCGCUCGCCUGCUCGAGGUCGUCGCCACCAAGCUCAGCCUGCCGCCCACCACCCAGCCGCUCGGCCUGCUGAUGGCCCGUGGUGGCGCUGCCGGCCAGCCACCCUCACCCGGCAACACCCCCCUGAGCGACGAUCUCGUCCGCGUCGUCCUCGAGCCCGACACCGCCAUCAGCCUCGACGGCCAGCCGUUUGUCCUGCCGGAACACGUGGCCGUCGCCGACCAGACAGACCAGACAGGCCAGACAGAUAGCCAUGACCGCUCAGCAAAGCGUCGUCGCGUGGACUACGCCGCCCUCGCCGUCUCGCCCGCCACCGCCACGACCGCCUGGAUCGUUCGCACCGGCCAGUGGCGCCUGCGCAUCCAGCCCGCCAGCCACGGCAAGAGCGCGGUCGAGUGCGUGCUCGUCGGCGUGCGGCUGGACGCCAUCCGCUCCGAGCUGGCACGCAACCGCCAGCGCGGCUUCCUCGGUGGCGACAGCUAA